AUGUGGGACACCAAAGACUCGGAGCUGGACGACAUCCUGCACAACCCCGACCCCGUCCGCGACGCCGCCCUCGACCGCCACUUCGACCCGUUCUCGCUCCGAGGCUGGAUCAACGCCUCCGCCAUCUUCGUCCUCAUCGGCGGCCUCCUGCUGCUCUUCGCGGGCUACCCCAUCAUCGCCGAGUUCCGGAAGCGCCAUCUGACGAGCAACGGCUUCAACCUGGGCGGGAUCAACGCCACCGGGCAGAUCCCCAAACUACCCAACGUUCCCUCCCUCGUCGACGACGCCACGCCCUCCGAAUUCCACACCCGGGUCGGCACCGACGGCAAGACGCAAUACAACCUCGUCUUCAGCGACGAGUUCGAAACACCCGGGCGCUCGUUCUACCCCGGCGACGACCCGUACUGGGAGGCCGUCGACCUCAACUACUGGCCCACGGGCGACCUCGAGUGGUACGACCCCGUCGCGGUCACGACCGAGGACGGCAAGCUCGUCAUCACCAUGGACGAAGUCGAGAACCACAACCUCAACUUCCGCAGCGGGAUGCUCCAGUCCUGGAACAAGUUUUGCUUCACGACCGGCUACAUCGAGGUCUCCGUCAGUAUGCCCGGCAGCCCGCAAGCGCCCGGUCUCUGGCCAGCCGUAUGGACGAUGGGCAACCUCGGCAGGGCCGGCUACGGCGCCACCACCGAAGGCAUGUGGCCCUACAGCUACGACACCUGUGACCUCGGUACCUUCCCCAAUCAAACGACGAAAGACGGUACCCCGAACGCGGCGGCUACGGGUGGUUCAGAUGGAGGCCCGAUCUCCUUCCUCCCUGGACAACGGCUCUCCGCUUGCACCUGCCCCGACUCUGACCACCCCGGCCCCUCCAUCGACACCGGGCGCGGCGUGCCCGAGAUCGACGUGUUCGAAACGCAGGUGGACGUGAGCAAGUUCGAAGGCGAAGUUUCGCAGUCGCUCCAGACGGCGCCCUACAACUACCAGUACACGUUCAACCAGGACGGGGCGACGAUCUACGACGACACCCUCACUAAAUACAACACGUACAAGGGCGGGCUGUACCAGCAGGCGCUCUCGGGCGUGACCGAGAUCGACAGCGCGAACUACAACGACAACGGCUUCGCGACGUACGGCUUCGAGUGGUUCUCGGACCCGAGCAACCGGGACGACGGGUACGUGACGUGGUUCAGCCAAGGCACGAAGGCGUGGACGGCGACCGCGAGCGCCAUCGGACCGGAUAGCACGACGCAAGUCAGCGCUCGCCUCAUCCCCGAGGAGCCCAUGUACAUCAUCUUCAACCUCGGCAUGUCACCCUCAUUCCAAGGACAAGACUUCAAGCACCUCCAAUUUCCGGCAAAGAUGUAUAUCGACUACGUGCGCGUCUACCAGCGCGAGGGCGCGAGCUCUGACGCCAUCGGAUGCAACCCCCGCAGCCAUCCAACGUCAGACUACAUCGAGAAGCAUCUCAACGCGUACACGAACGCGAACCUCACGACAUGGGCCCAAGCGGGCUACUCUUUCCCUCGAAACUCGCUCUACGACGGAUGCUUCUAG